AUGUCUGAUCAGAACACUAAUCAUAGUAAAUACAAUGAAUUGAAAAGUAUGUGCAAACGCCACAUUGAUACAUACAAUGUGUUAUAUCAGUUAAAAACGCCAUAUAAUGAAGAUCUAAUUUCGAUUUACAAAGUGAUCAAAACAAAUUUGAUUGAUUCAAUGAAAAUUCUCCCCUGUAAUAUUGUAAAAGGAAUUUUAGACAUAAUUCCAUAUAAUAAACGCUAUGCGAAAACAUAUUUGGAACUUGCCAAAAUCAUCGUUGACGAAUAUCAUGUUAAGAAUGUAACAAGUAUUCCAUUUAUUUCUAACUUCCUGUUUUAUAAAAAAUAUGGCAUUAAAUUACAUUGUUUUGAGGAAUAUGAAAGAGAAGAUAUUGAUAAUCUAGAUAAACUAGAAGAAAAUACAAUUUACAGAGCAAUUAUGUAUGAUGCAAUAGAAACAUUCAUCUAUUUCAUAGAAAGAGAAGGAUUUAAAAAAGAUCAAAAGCAUUAUCGCAAAUUACUUUAUUUAUGUUGUUAUCAUGGAGCAAUUAAUUGUUUCAAGUAUUUAAGAAAGAAUUUUAACCUAGAAAUCACUCAUUAUUGUCUAGAAUCUUCGUUUUUAGGCAGAAAUCCAGAGAUUGUGUGUGAAUGUUUGAAAUAUCAGAAACCAAAUGAUCAAUGCAUGGUAAAUGCAAUUAUUUCACAUAACAUUGAUUUUGUUAAAUUAUUGAUGAACGAAUACCAUUUAGAUAUCGAUUUAUAUGAAUGCGGACAUUAUAAUAAUAUUGAAUCAUUAUUAUAUUAUUAUGAAAAAACUAAUGAUUAUAACAAAUGCUUUAUUAAUUCAUCAAUAUUUGAUAUUCCAUCGCUAAGCGAAUAUUUCUUUUUACUUGGUGCAAAUGUCAAUGCAAAGGAUCAUGAAGGUGAAACAGCUCUUCAUUUAGCAGCACGUUUUAAUUGCCGUGAAACAACCGAACUUAUUAUUUCAUUUGGUGCAAAUGUCAAUGAAGAGAAUAAAGAUGGAGCAACCCCUCUUAAUAUUGCAGCAGAAUUUGAUAGUCCAGAUGCAGCCAAGAUUCUUCUUUCUCAUAAUGCAAAUGAUGGAGAAGCUUUUUAUAUUGCAGCAUCAAACAAUAGUAAAGCAGUAAUUGAACUUUUUCUUUUACAUGGCGCAAAUGUCAAUGGAAAAGAUAAUACUGGGAAUACAGCUCUUCAUAUUGCAGCUAUUGCUCCCAGUAAUGAAGCUGCUGAGUUUCUUCUUCUGAAUGGAGCAAAUCCCAAUGAAAAAGAUAAAUAUGGACAAACAGCUCUUCAUAUAGCGGCCGAGUAUAAUCGUAAAGAAAUAGUUGAAAUUCUUCUUUCACAUGGAGCAAAUGUCAAUGAAAAAGAUAGAAAUGGACAAACGCCUCUACAUACUGCCAUAUACAAUCUAAAUAGAAAAAUAUGUGAAAUGCUUCUUUCACAUGGUGCAAAAGUCAAUGAAAAAGAUAAAGAUGGAAACACUGUUCUUCAAAUUGCAAAACGUUGUCAGUAUCAAGAUAUAUCUGAGGUGUUUCAUUCAUAUGGUGUAAGUAAGUGA